GCCUGCAGCUGCUGCCCAGGAAGUACAGAGACUAGGGCACCAGCACCCCGCUGGAGGGGCCAGCUCCACGGAGGCCAGCUAUCAGCAACUGGAGCGCAGAAAGGGCUCCCUGGGCAAGAGCCAUGGCCCGGCCACCUCCCUGCUGGCUGUGGCUUCUGGGGACCCUGGCGGGGCUCUCGGCGACCCCAGCCCCCAAGCGCUGUCUGGAGAAGCAAUACUGGGUCCAGGGAGAACUGUGCUGCCAGGCGUGUAAGCCAGGGACUUUCCUCGUGAAGGACUGUGACAGGCCUGGCGAGGCUCCUCAGUGUGACCCGUGCGUCCCGGGGGCCUCCUUCUCACCAGACCACCAUUCCCGGCGCCACUGUGAGAGCUGUCGGCAUUGUAACUCCGGUCUUCUCAUCCGAAACUGUACCCUCACCACAAAUGCAGAGUGUGCCUGCCCCAAGGGCUGGCAGUGCAGGGACAAGGAGUGCACGGAGUGCGAUCCUCCUUCAAACGCCUUGCUGACACUGCCUCAACCAUCCCGGGCCCCGGGCCCACACCCACAACCCACCCACUUACCUUAUGCCAAAAAGAUGCAGGAGGCCAGGACAGUCCGGCAGGUGCAGACUCUGGCUGACUUCAGUUGGCUGCCUGCCCCAGCUCUCUCCACCCACUGGCCACCCCAAAGGUCCCUGUGCAGCUCAGAUUGCAUCCGCAUCUUUGUGAUUCUCUCUGGAAUGUUUCUUGCUUUCACCAUGAUCGGAGCCCUGUUCUUCCAUCAACAAAGAAAACACAGACUAAACAAAGAAGAAAGUCCAGUGGUGCCUGCAGAGCCUUGUCCUUACAGCUGCCCCAGGGAGGAAGAGGGCGGCGCCAUCCCCAUUCAGGAAGAUUACCGAAAACCAGAACCUGCUUCCUACUCCUGAGCUUGCGCACCGCGCGAUGGGGCGGGGGAGGGGGCGGGUCAUCACUACAAUAAAAUCCCUGCCUCCAUCCCAACCCAGCAGCCAUCCACCGGGAAUGAGACCUGGCACCCCCUACCCCCACUGCCCGGCCCCACCCCCACCCCCACCCCCGGGUUUCAGUACCAUCCUGUCAUCAAGACCCCUUCCUGUGCGCAGACUUGAGAAAGUGCCUUUUGGAGAUUGGCAGUGACAAAGGCUCAUGGGUCCCGUGUGUGCCCUGGCCCAGCCACCUUCACCCCUGCGCUGCACUGGAGGGCUGGGGCCCUAGCUGGAGAACACACUUUCCCCUACGAACCACCACGUGCUGUAUCACUGACCUAAAAAUUCCGCAAAAUAAAGUGCCAGCCAACCACACA